AUGCCCAAAUCAAAUACUGAUAGGUCAAGGAUUUUUCGAAGUAAGUUGAAACAAGACAAAGAAAAAUAUGAUGUAUACAAAUGCAAUGACAAGGAAAGGAAAAGACUUGCAAGAAAGAAACCAAAGUCUGAAACUCCUGAGGAAAUUGAAAAGAAAAAGAAGGCAAACAGAGACCGUGUUAGGAAAUUUCGUUUAUUGCAAAAGGCUAAAAAGUCAAAUGGCGCUUCUGGUUCUGGCAAAGAUAUCCCAGACCACACUGGGGCGUAUAGCACUCCUCAAGCCUUGGGUAAAGCAGUUGGGAAAGUCAAGCCUUAUCUGCCAAAGAGCCCAAGGAAGAGGAAAGCUGUAAUUGUGAAGCUUGCCUCAGCUGCUGGAAUACAACCCAAGAAAAGCAAGACCUCUGGCAACAAGAGCAUCUCUGCAGAAACUGCUGCAAAAGUGAAAGAAUUUUACCUACUUGACUCGGUGUCAAGGCAGUCUCCUGGAAGGAAAGAUGUCAUUGUGUGCCGUAACAAGGAGGGAGGAAAGGAAUAUCUCCAGAAACGUCAUCUUCUUUACUCUCUGAAAGAAGCUCAUGCUCUUUUUUUAAAGGAAAACCCAUCUAUCAAGAUUGGAUUGACCAAAUUUAGUUUAUUGAGACCAACAAAUGUGCUUCUGUCAUCAGACUUGCCAAGAAAUGUGUGCCUUUGCAAGUACCACGAGAACAUUAAACUCCUUUGUGAUUGUUUGUCUAAAGAAAUAACAGGGUUCCCUUGCUAUUCUGGUGAUUUUGUAAACAACUUUGUCUGCAUUGAUUCUGAUUCAGAAGAAUGCAUGCUGAGAAAAUGUGCCUGCUGUCCAUCUUGGCUAGAAGAGCUUGAAUAUGAGGAUUCAGCUGUCACAUGGUAUGAGUGGGAGCAAGUGAGUGUACAGGUGCCAGGAAAAAUCAAGAAUAAAUCUAAGAUUAUCAAAAAAAUGCAGAAACUUUGCAAGGAAGGCACAGUUAAGGAAGCAUUGUCAUCCUUGGAGGAGAAGGUCCCAUAUUUCCUUGAGCACGUCUUUUUGAAAAGAAAGCAAUCAAAGUAUUUUGAGGAUAAACUUACAAGUAUUGAUACUGAUGAAGCUGUGGUGCAGAUAGAUUUUGCAGAAAACUACACUUGUAAAUAUCAGGAUGAAAUUCAGUCAGCUCACUGGAGCCAGAAUCAGGUGACCCUGUUCACAAUAGCUAUGUGGACAAAACAAGAGGGUGACAGAAAAUGUGAAUCACGUGUUAUCAUUUCAGAUGAGUUGAAGCACGAUAAGAAGGCUGUGGCUGUCUUUUUGUGGGAAGUGAUCUCAGGGUUAAAAGUGAGGCAUCCUGGAGUCAACAAGGUUUACAUUUUUUCUGAUGGGCCAAGCUCUCAAUUUAAGAACAGAUUUAUGGCCAACUUUUUACACAAAUUAGAAGAAUUAGUUCAUAUCCAGUGGAAUUACUUUGCCACCUCACAUGGGAAGGGUGCUGUGGAUGGCAUUGGUGGAACAGUAAAGCGUCUUGUAUGGAAUGCAGUGAUGUCUGAAAAUUCCAACAUUGUGUACAAUGCACAGUCAUUCUUCCAAGUGGCCAGCAGCCUUACCAUGAAUGUAGAGGUUACUUUUAUCCCAGAGAAAGAAAUUAAUGAGAAGAUGGCUUCAUUAGGUCUGAAUAAAYGUUUCUCUGAAGCACCCUCAGUUCCUGGUAUCUCUCGUUUUCACUGUAUCGAGCCUGAUGGGGAGGGUUUCCUUACCUGUCGCCUUUAUACUACCCAGACAGCCACACAAAGCCUAGCGUUUGAUGUUUAUCCAUAUCUUGAAAGUGAUUUUGAUGAUGAUUCUGAUGAUGAAGAUGAAGCAGAAGAUUUAGAUGACAGUUUCGAUGUUGAAUCUGAUCAAGAUUCUAACUUAGGCCACUCAGAGGAAAGGGACAGUGAUGAUGUUGAGUUUGUUAAAGAGUCCCUAAAGUCUUCAGAUGGAAAUUCAUCUGAUGACACAUGUCAUCAGUGCACAGUUGAGAUGGGUUUACCAGACAAUCUUAGGUCUGUCUUCAGCCAAUCAACACCAUAUAACCCUCCCCAGUAUAUAUUAAAUGAAGUUGAGGCUGUCCUGAAAGGCUUGAUUGAUUUCAAUGGGAGUCAACUGAUUGCGCCUUCUGAUUUGGAAAGCUUAGUCUAUACUGUUUCUAAGUCUGCCACAGAUGUUACAUCCACAGACAAAUGGCUAACCAAUUUCAUAAUUGAUGAAUAUAUGAAGCUUAUUCAAAUUGCAAGCAAAGAAAAUGGAAUAGACAUUAUAACAGUUUCUUGGGAAAGUUUUGAAGCAAGAAAUGCCAAUGAAAUCUCAGAGCUACUCCAAAAAAGUCACAGCUCCCCCCUGUCCUCAGAUAUGAUUAUAGUCCCAUGCAACGGGAGGUCCUCUCAGCACUGGACUCUUCUUGUAGCACAACCAAAGGAAAAUAUUGUCUUGGUUUUAGACAGUAAGCCUGGGGAUUUUGUUAAGCCUCCAACACAGAAGGCCAUAGGUAAAAUGGCAUCUGUCCUUAAAGGGCUGGACACCAAUGUUGACCUGAGUAAGUGGCAUUUUUUCUGCAAUGGCAAAGAUGAAAUCCCACAGCAGGGUAAAGGAAAUGACUAUGACUGUGGUGUAUAUCUCUGUAUUUAUGCCAGAUGUCUUGCUUUACCAACUCAAAUAGUAGAUGAGCAGGCAUUAAUCCUUUUUAGACAAU